GGGCUUGUGAGCUGGGUGCUUUGAUAAAAUUUCUUUCAGUUUUUAACCGGCUGUUUUUUUUUACAAUACAUAAAUACUGUAAUAACUUCAGAAAAAUGGGUGAUGAAGUAGUUGAAGUUUCAAAAAAAGCUGCAAAAAAGGCAGCAAAAGCAAAUCAAAAAGCAGAACGAAAAGCUGAAAGAAGUGCUAAAACUGCCGAAACCAACGAAAUUACAACAGAGGAUCAUUCAGCUGGUCGAUAUGGUAAUUUACCACUAAUUAAAUCCGCCGAAAAAUUAGAAGAAAGAAAAUUUGUCGAUGUAUCUUCAUUAACACAAGAAUUAGUUAAUAGUUGGAAAACCAACAAUCCUGAUUCAGAGGCUAAAGGUCCAACUGUUUGGAUAAGAGCCCGUCUUCAUACAUCAAGAGCUAGAGGGAAACAGUGUUUUAUAGUUUUAAGACAGAGAGAGUAUUCUGUGCAAUUAAUGUUAGCUGUAGAUGAGAUUAUUUCAAAACAAAUGGUUAAAUUUGCAAGUAAUAUCACGAAAGAAAGUAUAAUUGAUGUGGAAGGUAUUGUAGUACCAACUGCACAAAUCAUCGAAGCUUGUUCACAAAAGAAUGUUGAAGUUUUAUGCUCACAAUUAUAUGUUGUUUCAUCGGCUGAGCCGGUUUUACCACUUCAAAUAGAAGAUGCUGCACGUCCAGAAAAUGUUGGAGAUGAAGGCUUAUCAAUUCGGGUUAAUCAAGAUACUCGAUUAGAUAAUCGAGUAUUGGAUUUACGAACACCAGCAAACCAGGCAAUAUUUCGUUUAGAAGCAGGAGUAUGCAAAUUAUUCCGUGAUCUUUUAACGAAUCGUGGUUUUGUUGAAAUUCAUACUCCAAAAAUUAUCCCAGCUGCGAGUGAAGGUGGAGCAAAUGUAUUUACCGUUAGUUAUUUUAAAGGUAACGCUUAUUUGGCACAAAGUCCACAGUUAUAUAAGCAGAUGGCUAUUGCGGCAGAUAUGGAUAAAGUGUUUACUGUAGGAGCUGUUUUUAGAGCAGAAGAUUCAAACACACAUCGUCAUUUAACUGAAUUUGUAGGCCUUGACUUAGAAAUGGCUUUCAAGUAUCAUUAUCACGAAGUAAUGCUUACUAUUGGUAAUGUUUUAACUGAAUUAUUCAAAGGACUACGUGAUAGUUAUUCAAAUGAAGUUGAAAUUAUAAAACAACAAUUUAAUGUUGAUCAAUUUACUUUCGUUGAACCACCACUCGUGUUACAAUUUCCUGAUGCAGUUGCCAUGCUAAGAGAAGCUGGUGUUGAAAUGGGUGAUGAAGAUGAUUUAAGCACACCAAGUGAAAAAUUACUUGGGCGUAUUGUCAAAGCUAAAUACGAUACAGACUUUUAUAUAUUAGAUAAAUAUCCAUUAGCUGUAAGACCGUUUUACACCAUGCCCGAUCCAGCUAAUGAAAAAUACAGUAACUCAUAUGACAUGUUUAUGAGAGGCGAAGAAAUCCUCUCUGGCGCACAACGAAUACACGAUCCAGAAUUCUUAAUCAAACGGGCUAAGCAUCAUGGCGUAGAUACAACCAAAAUAGCCGGAUAUAUUGACGCUUUUCGUUAUGGAUGUCCACCUCAUGCUGGUGGUGGAAUUGGAAUGGAGCGUGUUGUUAUGUUGUAUUUGGGAUUGGAUAACAUUCGUAAAACAAGUAUGUUCCCACGUGAUCCCAAACGUGUAACACCUUAAAGAACUAAACUUUAAUAAUAAUAAAAUUACUGUGCAGAUUUUUGUUGAUAA